GAGAGGGCGCCUUCCCCGCCCGGGAUGUGAGGACCGAGCGGAGCCCGGGGCGGGGGGAGGGAAGGGAAGGGAGGCGAAGCCGGCAGGAAGGAAGGAAGGACGGACGGACCAGGAGGAGGAGCGGCGGCGGCGGCCGGAGCCGGAAGGCGGGGAGGAGCCGUCCGUUGGGCCCGAGGCGGCGGCGGCAGCGGCCGGGGCGAACCGCUCUUGUCGCCUCUCGGGGCAGGAGCGGCGGGGCCCGCGCCUCCUCCCCCCGGCGCCGCGGAGGGGGGAGGAGGAAGAUGGAGACCCACAUCUCGUGCUUGUUCCCCGAGCUGCUGGCCAUGAUCUUCGGCUACCUGGACGUCCGGGAUAAGGGGCGCGCGGCGCAGGUGUGCACGGCCUGGCGGGACGCCGCCUACCACAAGUCGGUGUGGCGGGGGGUGGAGGCCAAGCUGCACCUGCGCCGGGCCAACCCGUCGCUGUUCCCCAGCCUGCAGGCCCGGGGUAUCCGCCGUGUGCAGAUCCUGAGCCUCCGCCGCAGCCUCAGCUACGUGAUCCAGGGCAUGGCCAACAUCGAGAGCCUCAACCUAAGCGGCUGCUACAACCUCACUGACAACGGGCUGGGCCACGCGUUUGUGCAGGAGAUCGGCUCCCUGCGUGCCCUGAACCUGAGUCUCUGCAAGCAGAUCACCGACAGCAGCCUGGGCCGCAUAGCCCAGUACCUCAAGGGCCUGGAGGUGCUGGAGCUGGGGGGUUGCAGCAACAUCACCAAUACCGGCCUCCUGCUCAUCGCCUGGGGCCUGCAGCGCCUCAAGAGCCUUAAUCUCCGCAGCUGCCGCCACCUCUCGGACGUGGGCAUAGGGCACCUGGCCGGCAUGACGCGCAGCGCCGCCGAGGGCUGCCUGGGCCUGGAGCAGCUUACGCUGCAGGACUGCCAGAAGCUGACUGACCUUUCUCUAAAGCACAUCUCCCGGGGGCUGACGGGCCUGAGGCUCCUCAACCUCAGUUUCUGCGGGGGCAUCUCGGACGCGGGCCUCCUGCACCUGUCGCACAUGGGCAGCCUACGCAGCCUUAACCUGCGCUCCUGCGACAACAUCAGUGACACUGGCAUCAUGCAUCUGGCCAUGGGCAGCCUUCGCCUCUCGGGGCUGGAUGUGUCGUUCUGUGACAAGGUGGGGGACCAGAGUCUGGCUUACAUAGCUCAGGGCCUGGACGGCCUCAAGUCCCUGUCCCUCUGCUCCUGCCACAUCAGCGACGAUGGCAUCAACCGCAUGGUGCGGCAGAUGCAUGGGCUGCGCACGCUCAACAUUGGACAGUGUGUGCGUAUCACAGACAAGGGCCUGGAGCUGAUCGCGGAGCACCUGAGCCAGCUCACUGGCAUAGACCUGUAUGGCUGCACCCGAAUCACCAAGCGCGGCCUGGAGCGCAUCACGCAGCUGCCCUGCCUCAAGGUACUCAACCUAGGACUCUGGCAGAUGACGGACAGUGAGAAGGUCAGAAUCCUCCACAGCAACCUGUGAGACCAUGGAGUUAAAGAAACCCAGAGACCUUUAUCAAUUAAUUGUACUGUUUGUGAAUUUGUAUAAAUAAUAACAAAGAUCCUCUUAAAACGUUUAUAUUCUUACAGUAAAAGGUUAAACUGAUAUUUAUAUAAUAAAAGAGGAAAUAUGAAGUAUGUUUUUGAAAAAAAAAAACAAAAACAAAAAACCUUGUAUCUGUGAAUUAUUUUGAAGGCAGUGUGUGUUUGGGCCCACACCAAAGUAGGAGGUGCUGUUUGUGUACUCUAAGAGGAAAUAAGGUAUAGGGUUUGGUGCAUCCUAUGUGGUGUGAGUAAGCUCACGGUUAAACAUUUAUUCUGUAUAAGGUUUACCACUGACACCUAAAUGUUUUGUUUCUAGAAAUGUGACUGGACUGGAGAUUGGUAUAAUUCUUGGUUUUAAACUGUCAACAACAUGGAAAUUUUAAAAAGCUGAACAAAAUGGAACUUUUUAAAAACGUGAUCUGUAAGAGUCACGGUUUCCCCAGGGUGGAAAUGAGAUCGAGGGGUCCUGUUGAAAAAUGGCUCAUGGGAUGUGGAAGUGGGGGAGAAAGAGGGGUUUCUUUCCACUCUGAGUGGGUGUGGGGAGGAUGUGAAAUGGUGAAGGGUGGAGGGAACUGAAGCCAUUGUUCAGAAAGUUAAAAGAGCGCUGUCCUUGCUCGCUCUCUCUCUUGCUCACUCAUGCAUGCUGAAUCUCACAGUGUGAGUGAGGGUCCUAGUGGAGAGGAGGAAGGCAGUUCAGCCCCUCUUUUUAACAUUCUCCUCCAGGCCUGGCUGUAUUUAAGCACUUUCCUGGGGGAUGGGGAGGUUGGCCAGGAGUUCUUGCACAUUUGCAUUUUAAGCACUUCCAGCUCUGAAGCUGGCCACUCGAUCCACUGUGGUGAGGGUUCUUAGAAUUCUUCCGGGCAGAUAAAUGAAUACCAACAAUUCUAGCAAAGAGUUCCCUUUGGUAGACAUUAACUAAAUAAUCGACACCCUGUAGAAGUGGAAGGGUAUAAGCGCUCAAACAGUGGAGCAGUGCAUAUUCCUGGUUUCACAUAGGUCUUUCUCGUUGUUUCUGAGAUUUUUUUUAAACCAAAAAUACUGAUCCCAGCAAGAGCUAGUUAGAGUGGUAUAAAACUUUCCUGCAAAGACACCUCUUUCCAGGAAGAGAGCUAGAACCCAAGUUUCUCUCGGGGUAAGGUUGUUUUGUAAAAUUUCCAAGCUUUCUGCUGGAGCCUAUCACAAAAGCUGCAUUGUUCCUUUUUGGAGAGCUAUCACAAUUGGGUCUAAUUGAGCCUGACACUAGAUCCAUCUUCCUUUUCUUUGGGGAAGGUGUGGAUCUCUUUCUUCCCUCUUAGGUUGCAAAUGCUUAUGGCCUGGGGGGGGGGGUGAUGUGUGAACCCUAAUAAGAAGUCUGGACUUGGAAUUAGGGUCAGCUUUCUGAUUUGGCACUAUAAUGCAUGAAGGUUCCAUAAGCUCUAAGUUCUUAGAGGAUCUUUCUUUCUCCCAGACUGCAUGACUGUACAGAUUCAGUCCAUCAAAAUUUGAGCACCCCCUAAGUCUUAGACUCUGUGCUCACAUUCUUCAUUUUAAUACACAGUCCUACCAACUAACAGGAAGUUUUCCACUUUUCUGUUUGGUUUUGUUUUUUACUUGCAAGGCUAAAUAAAUAUAAGCCUGAUUAAAGGUCGGUGAAUGAAUGUUUGAAAGUUAAGAUCAUGGGCCUACUGUCCUCAUGCUGAACUGGGUAUGCUUAAUAUAUCUGGAGUGUCUCUGGAAACGAUGAAUAAACCAUUUACUUUCAUCA